CUAAGACUGGUACUUAAGCCCCAAUCGCCAGAAGAUGCGAUCAGUUGUUGUGGAGACGAGCAGCUGACCAGACCAACAUGAAACCAUACCAACUUAUUUGCAUCGUAGCCGUGGCAGCUUUACUCCUUUUGGAGGCGUCACCUGCGGAAGCGAAACGCCGCAAGUACAAGAGCUCCAAUCACGAACACCGCGAUCAUUCCGAUUCCAAUAAAACCAAGACGAAGACCAAGUGGUCCAGCUCAACGAAUUUGGCUGGGAACUCUCAGGUGUCCACGGAGGAACAUGGUUACUAUGUGAAGCGCACCUUUGCGGCUCAGGGAGAGAAUUCCUUGGGUCAGAAGCGUAUGAGUCCACCUUACUUGGCCAUUCCGAUCGCCUGGUUUAGUUGUGAUUCCUCCAGCCAAAAGGAUUGCAAGUCCUCCAACUCGGCGGCCAUCAAUAGUGCCGCUCAGUCCUUGAACGAAGGAUAUCUGUGCGACGAUGACUGCGAUCAGUUGUACGAACCCAUUUGCGGAAGGACCUCCUCCGAGGUGGCCGUCUUCUACAACAAGUGCAAACUGGACGUGGCCAAGUGCCGAUCGCACGGACUUUGGUCGGACUUCGUCUACUCCGAGUGCCAGGAGAAAUAUCCUGCGGAGACUGCCUACGCCGAUAAGAAGUUCCGUUCGUCUCCUUACUUCCGGGAUGCCGCCAUCGUUGAGCAGCUGAAGCUGGAGGAGGAGAAACGUAAACUGGAGGAGGAGAAGUGCAGGAUGGAGAAGGAGAAGAAGAAGCAGGAGAAGGCUGACAAAAAGAAGAAGCACAAGGACAGCGGCGAGAGCAGCGAGGAGAAGGAAGACCAGAAGGAAAAGGACGAACAGGAGCCUCUAACUUUGGCUAUUGCGAAACCCGUGGAAACUCCGCAGAUUUCAGUUCCACAUCCUGCUCAACCUGCCAUUUCUAAGCCAAUUCCAAUUGCAGAGUCUGCCAAGGUAUCCGAGGACAUAGUCCUACCGCCCAUGCCCCUGAAGGACACGCCCACACCCAAGCCAGUGGAGAUUGCGCCAUUGAAGGAGCAGACUCAACCCAAGAGCAAGGACAACGAUAAGCUCAAGUACCAUUUAGUUUAGGGUUAAAGUAACUAGAAAAAUCUCAUCUAAAAUUAACUAUUUAUUUAUUUAUUACAAUAAAACAUACAUAAAAUA